UUUAGACAACCAAACAUUUUGAAAUCAAGCGCUUGAAAGCAACUGAAGGGCCUCUGGGAAAGGAGUUAUAACAAAUAAUUGACAUAUUUCAAAUUAAGAAUUAAAUUGCUUAUCUUUAUUUACGAACUUUUUCUUUCGCAUAAUGUCAAGCAGAAGGAGCGAAGCCCUGGCGGUCUCGCUGGUGUCGGGGAUCAACAUGGCCAUGGGCCGGCUCGUGGACAUCUGGGACAGUAUCGGUAUCAUGGAAGAGCAGAGGGUGGAGCGUAUGGAGGCCGUAAAGAAGCAUAUUGAGAGUCUUCUGAAUGAUAUGAUCACUGAAGAAGCGGCUUUGAAACAAAGAAUCGGUUCCAACAUCACCAAUUUUCAGACGCAGUUGGAGAACUUGUGCCUGGAGAUGUCAUUGGAGCCUUCCAAACUGGAGGAGGGCCUUACGGUGCUGCAGAAGGAGAAGCACCUGCGUCUGCAGGUGGAGGCACUCCUGAAGGAGAAGACUGAACGUCUGAAGGAGGUGCGAGGCCUGCAGCAGGAGGACGAGGAGCUGUGUGUGGAGCUCUGUGCCACACCCUACUACAUCCCCACCGGCAGCCUGCCCUCCCGCACCCAGCUCGAGGAGCUACGGCAACACAUCCAGACCCUCACCCAGGAAAAGGACAGCAGAGUUAAGGUGUUUGCGGGACUCCGGGAGGACAUUGGCCGCAUGAUGCAGGAGAUGGGUCACGAACCCGAGACCAGCCUGGAGAAGGAGGCGGUGUGCAACGAUGACGACGUCUUCCUGCUCACCCAGGAGAACAUUAAAGCCCUCAAGCUGCUUCUCUGCCAGCUUGAGCUGAAGAAGAAGUCCCUGACCUCCACUCGAGACGAGCUGAAAGGACGAGCCGUGAGCCUGUGGGAGCGGCUGGACGUCCCGGAGCUGGAACGGGCGGGGUUUCAGGAAGGGCUCCUGGGCCCUCUCUCUGAGGACGUCGCCCUGUGGCAAAGGGAGGUGGAUCGGCUGGAGGUGCAGCAGAAGGCCAGGCUUGGGGAUGUGAUCUGUAAGGUGCGGCAGGAACUGGUGCACUACUGGGACAAGUGCAUGUUUGGCCCCGCCCAGAGAGAAGUGUUCAACAGCCACUUCUGUGAUGAUAGCUUCACGGAGUGCCUGCUGUCCAUCCACGAGGCUGAGCUGCAGCGGGUCAAGGCCUGCUAUGAGAAAGCACGCCCCCUGCUGGAGAACGUGGACAAAUGGGAGAAGAACUGGGCACUCUUCCAGGACUUUGAGAGGAAAGCGUCUGAUCCCAACCGCUUCUCCAACCGCGGUGGUGCCCUCCUGAAAGAGGCCAAGGAGAGAGUCAGAGUGCAGAAGAUGCUGCCCAAGCUGGAGGAGGAGCUGAGGAUUGGAGUGGAGGACUGGGAGAAGAUCCAUGGGUCCCCCAUCCUGGUGCGGGGUCAAAAGGUCAUGGAGUACAUCUCCAGCCAAUGGGAGGAGCACAGGCUGCAGCGAGGGAAGGAGAAGAAUGAGCGUAUGACUAAGAAAGGCGAGACGACCCAAACGUUCAAAACUCCCAGCAAGAGACCCCACGGAGGCAUCAGCGUGGGCUCCACGCCCAACAAGAUCAGGAAGACGCCCAAUCAGACGAUGCUGCGCAGCACCUGCCCCAGCACCAGCGGCACGCCCAGCGCCUUCAUCAGCAUGUCCGCCAAACCUCCACUGAGCGCAAACAAGGGCCAGAAGAGCAGGGCCUUGGACAGCAGCCACACCCCUCUGCAGGAGCUGAACAGCGAGAAGAAGAACCUGAGAAUCGGCAGCUACUCCGAGUUCACGCAACUUACAAUGUGAGAGAACAUGGAGUGAACUUUCCAAGAAGACCAACCAAGACGCCAUCCUCAACUCCACCGCAAAAGAUAUUUUCUGAAGAACGUGAACGCUUUUAUUUCUUCUCUUUAGCUAGUUAAGCCUUUGCCUCUAUCCGCGCACACUUUCUUCCCAGGUCAGUAGAGGUAACGUGCACUUUGAGGGAUAAGGCUCAGGUUUCAUUAAUCCCCUUAAGCACAGCACUAAAUUUCACCAAACCCGGCAUUGAGCACUGCUGCAAAAUACAAUUUGCACACGCCGAAGAACAAACCUAUUUCAUGUUUGUGUUCUUUUGGGGGAGGGAGGGGGUAGAGAUGGGAUUCUUUUGGAUGUCUGAUGACCUGAUGGCUGCUCAUAUAGCCAUUUGCUUGAGGAAAGCAGAUUGCUACCUGAUUGGUUCAUGCAGUGAAAGGCUACAGACAGGUCAUAUUGCUUUUAAGUGAAACUGUCUGUAUCCCGUGGUGCAUAAGUUUUUCCACAAAGCUCUCCUGCCCCCUCCCUUCCCUGCCUCGCUGGAGUAAUUUUGUACUAUUUAUUGCGCAGGAUAUUCAAAGGGAUGCAAAGUCAAAAUUAUGCAGCUAAGUUUUUAUAGAAACAACUGUUUUAUUAGAUUUUUGAGCAGGGUAUUUUCAAGCACACCAAACCUUUU